AUGGUGUCGGUCGCAGACGAGUCUCGAGAACAGGAACCCCUUCUGGGCUCGCCUAGCGCAACGACGCAGAAGCAAGAUCCUCAUAUUGCCUGGAAUUUGAUUACUGGCACUGCCAGUGUUGCACAGGCGGGGAUUUGGAUUUUGGCUGCUCUCGUCUGGUCCAAUGUCUUAACUCUGCCCUACGCGCUCUUCACGGGACAUCCCCUGCUGGCCAGCACCGCCCUCCUCCUGCAAGUCCAGGCUGCUCUCAUCCUCCAACCGACCGCCACUCCCGACCAGAAACUGCUGGGCACCCGCAUCCACUAUACCAUCCAGCUGCUCAGCAUCCUGUCCUUCCUAAGUGCCUUCCUCGUCAUCGAGAUCAACAAGGGCGACCACCCUCAUUUCGUUUCUCCUCACGGUAUCCUCGGUCUGGUUACUAUCAUCGCGAUAGUCCUCCAGGCCUCCGUCGGAGUCAUCCAGUUCUUCUUCCCCGUCACGAUUCUCAGCAGCGUCGACGCAGGCAAGCGAAUUUACAAGUAUCAUCGCUGGGCUGGAUAUGUUUUGCUACUGCUGGAGGUUUCGACUGUCUUGGCGGCGACCCAGACACCCUACAACCUGAAUGCCAUCCACAUUCCUACACGGGGUGUCGUCAUCGCGAUCAUUUUGGUAUUGCUGGGGGUGGGUGCGAGGAUCAAGAAGGGUAAAUUGGGACUGGGUGAUGCUUAA